UUCCUCUAGGCUCAAAACGCUCAAACCCCACCGAGAGCCAUCCCUGGCCUUAUCCUCCCCGCCGGUUUCCUUCCACCUCCGCGGGAAAUGGAGUCCACCGCUGCCGCCGUGCUCACGCUCUCCUCCCCCUCCUCCUCCUCCGCGGCCGCCGUCGCCGCCCGCCGCCGCUCGCCUUCCGUCUCCGCCCUCCACCUCUCCUCCCCCCGCCUCCGCGCGGCCGUCCGCAGCCUUGCCCUUCCCGCUUCAUCCCUGGGUUGGCGGCGGCGGAGGGGGAGCGCACUGGUGGUGCGGGCGGAGACGUUCGGGCAGCUCACCACGGGGCUCGAGUCCGCCUGGAACAAGCUGCGGGGCGUCGAUGUGCUGACCAAGGACAGCGUCGCGGAGCCGAUGAGGGACAUCAGGAGAGCGCUCCUGGAGGCUGAUGUUAGUCUACCGGUCGUCAGACGGUUCGUGUCAUCUGUCAGCGAGAAGGCUUUGGGUUCAGGCGUUAUCCGAGGAAUCCGACCGGACCAGCAAUUAGUCAAGAUCGUGCAUGAUGAACUUGUUCAACUGAUGGGUGGAGAGGUGUCGGACCUGGUGUUUGCGAAAACUGGCCCGACGGUUAUCUUAUUGGCAGGUCUGCAAGGUGUUGGGAAGACUACUGUUUGCGCAAAACUCGCGUUCUAUCUGAAGAAACUGGGGAAGAGUUGUAUGCUGGUCGCUGCAGAUGUCUACAGGCCUGCUGCCAUUGAUCAACUCACUGUACUGGGUGAACAGGUGGGUGUACCGGUUUACUCUGAAGGAACAGGGGCCAAACCUGCACAGAUAACCAAGAAUGCCGUGGAAGAGGCUAAAAGAAAGAAGAUUGAUGCAAUUGUGGUGGAUACUGCUGGAAGGCUACAGAUUGAUAAAACUAUGAUGGAUGAAUUGAAAGAAGUAAAGAAGGCAGUUAAUCCUACAGAGAUUUUGCUCGUUGUUGAUGCCAUGACUGGCCAAGAAGCUGCAGCAUUAGUGACCACUUUCAAUAUUGAGAUUGGUAUAUCUGGUGCUAUAUUGACUAAAUUGGAUGGUGAUUCGAGGGGUGGAGCAGCACUAAGUGUUAAAGAGGUGUCUGGAAAGCCCAUCAAAUUUGUUGGGAGAGGAGAACGAAUGGAGGACCUUGAGCUUUUCUAUCCUGAUCGCAUGGCACAGCGUGUUUUGGGAAUGGGCGAUGUACUUUCAUUUGUUGAAAAAGCACAAGAAGUCGUGCGUCAAGAGGACACCAUAGAAUUACAGAAGAAGAUCAUGAGCGCAAAGUUUGACUUCAAUGACUUCUUGAAGCAAACACAAAAUGUUGCCAAAAUGGGUUCCAUGAGCCGUGUAAUUGGAAUGAUUCCAGGCAUGAACAAGGUUACUCCUGCACAAAUUCGGGAAGCUGAGAAAAGACUUGCAUUUGUCGAGUCGAUGAUCAAUGCAAUGACAGCCGAGGAAAGGGAGAAACCUGAGUUGCUGGCUGAAUCACGCGAGAGGAGGAUUAGAGUGGCCGAGGAGUCUGAAAAGACAGAACAAGAGGUUGGCCAACUGGUUGCCCAGCUCUUCCAAAUGCGUGCACAGAUGCAGAAAUUGAUGGGUAUGAUGCAAGGACAGGAAGCAAUUACAGGAAUGGGAGAUCUCAUGGACUCGCUUAAUGCCGAUGAGAAGGCACCUCCUGGCACUGCACGACGGAGGAGGAGGCGCAAUGUGCCGCCGCGGCAGAGGGAACCGGAAGUAGUGGGUGGCCCCAGUAGGCCUUGAGUUGAUGCGAACUGGAGCUGAAAGUUUCCAUUUGAGUAGCUUUGGAUUAGCAUGUAAUGCUCCAGGUCUUGGUUCAGUUGGUGUAGAUAUGAAGCUUGUGAUUGUGUAGGAUUUCAUGAGCAUUUUCGCAUGAAUGAUGUUUUAGCCAAGAAACAUUGAUUUUGAGAAUGUGGAGAAUAAAUUUCAGUUUGUUAGUUAUAUAA